AUGAAGUGCAAUUUUCGUUACCUGACGCUAAGGCUGGUAGUGCUAAGCUGUCUGGUGCCGGUGGUUCCGGUAGCGCAAGGAUAUAGCAGUGAUCCGCAUCUGUUCGAGAAUAGAGAUGGCUACAUCAUUGGCAAUUAUCUGCAGGCUACGGAUCAGGACAUCCGGGACUUCUUCUGGACCGGUUCCGGCGAUGGGCCCAGCUCGGCACUGAAUCCCUUCGAACGGUUCCCAAUCAGCGAGGAUGCCAUCAUCAAGACGGCCACAGUUGUUGCCACCGUGUAUAUCGAUCGCAACGGUGGUCCGGACGGGUACGAUGAUCUGUGCAUCUUCGACUGUCCGUCCGGGCCGGGCGUUCGAGGCGAUGACGAUACGGACCGGUUACCGGUGGACGAGGACGACUACGGGCACACCGUCGAUAACGUUACGCCCACGGACCGACGCUUCUGGCUGAUGACCGUCAUCGGUGGACUGUACGGACGGCAGGACUAUCCGGCACUGGAGGGCAAAUUGGCAAAGCUGUAUCGGGUUGCAUUCGCUAGGCAACAGGCAUUACAUCUCGGCAUCAACGGAAGCACCAACAACCAACAGCAUCACAACAACAAUACACUCGAGCAACAGUCGAUGGGCGGCGAGCGCGAACCACCGGUGCACCGGUCGAAGCGUCGUGUGCCGCCGACGACGAACGGAAAUCCUCGCCACGGCGAAGAAGGCUUAGCAGCGCAACAACAAAAGGCUGUACAGAAACCUGAACCAUCUUCCGGCCGGCCAUACCCCCACCCAGCUAUGCCCCGGGUGCUGCUGAAUGGAGCCGUCAUUGCGUACGAACAGCGGCGCAAACGUCGGGGACGGAAAGCGCUUCACAAAAGAGAUACGGCCGAUGUGGUCCAACUGGUGCACGAGUUGGAACAGACGAGCGGGAGCAGUAGUGAUGUGCUACCGGUACCGCCGGUAGUGGAAGUCAUCGGAGGACACGAUACACAAGAACGGGUUGGUAGCGGUAGCGGUGGUAGUGGAAAUGGUGAAGAAUCCGACGAACAUUUACGAACGCUGCACGGUACCGUGCUCGAUGAAGUCCCGGGCCCAGACCGGACGGUGGUUAGGCGCAAUCACGACAAGGAUGCAUACUCGACUGGCCGGCGGAAGGUGCGGAUCCUGAUACACAAUACCACCCACUUGCGGGAGGAGGAUCGAUUGUCAAUGGAUGAUGGCGAUGGUCGGAUGGAAAACAAUCGGUCGAAGAGCAAUCGGGGCGGCGGUAGCGCAUCGGCGGCGGACACGGCGAGUCACACGCUGAAUCAAACCGAAAUAAUCUACUCCGUGUUUGUUGGAGGCUUACCGGUGCUGGCAACAACAGCCGCUGAGGAUAUGAAGCUGAUGUCGCAGGACGAGAUGGAGCACGUGCUGGAAACGAUGGUUUACCUCAAAGCUGACCCGUAUCUGAAGGAACCGCAGGCGACACCGUUGAUUCCGUCGACACAGAACGGUAGCGGUAACGUGAUAGCGUUGAUCGGCCAGAACCCAAGCCUGUUUGUGGUGUCGUGCGUUGCGGCACUGCUGCUAGCGGUACUGUGCAUUGGCCUGUUCCUGCUGGCACGCGGCAAACGGAAGCACAUCGGCGAGAUGAAGAAGCUGGAGUCAACGCAAGCCCUUGUAAUGCCGGGUACGAUAAGCGAAGAGCUUAAUGCGCUGAAAACGGGUGAGAGCGGUAGCAGCAGACACCCGUCACCUUACACCCGAGAUCCUUCGGCCAGUGUGAGCCUGAUCGCACAAAAACCGUCCCCAACGAUCCAUUUCCCACUGCCACCGAUGACGCGGCCAACCUCCUCGUCCUCGAGCUAUUCGUCCGACUCGUCCGUGUACUAUCCGAAGCGAAAGCAGAAACAUCACCAUCACCAUCAUCAUCAACAUCAUACGCAUCAGCAGCAGCAACACGAGCUUCUGGAUGAGAAGUCGGUCAAUCUGAGCAACAAGCUACAGAAACAGUUCCACCUACAGUCGCUACUCACCGUGCACGGGGGGCAGGAGAACGUGUACGCCUCGGUCCAGAAGCCGAAGAAGGAAAACAAACGGCGCCGGAAGUAUUUGGGCGAGAAUCGGGUCGGAUCGUUCGAGGGUGGCGGAGCGAUGGGGCCGGGUGGACCGCCCAGAAGUCCACUGACGACGACCACCGCCAGCAGCGCUAGUCCAAGCGAUCGUUCGUACGAUGAUCGCGAGCCAAAGUUGGUGCCGGGCCCGUACGGGCACAGCGAAACCUUCAACACGGAUGUGAUCCUGAAGCACUAUCUGAAGCGUAAACCGUUGGUAGGUUAUGGUGACCAUGGCCAUGGGCUACCGGUGGAAGCACUGAAUCGGGACAAGAUCCGCGUACUGGAGCAGUGCGGCGGGGGCGGUGGUGGCGUGUCGGUGGAUUCCGGUAGCAUUGGAUCGUACCUGAGCAUGGCGUCGGUGAAGAGUUUCCCAAGAUGCUUUGUGCCGGAACCGCUGAGCCGGGUGCUGGAACCGGUCACCAUGACGCAUCUUGAUCAGUCGGAUGCGUACAUGGAGGGUAUGAAGUCUACAGGACCCGACACGGCCGCCACUAGUCAGUACAAUACGGACACGGAGGUGCACCUGGCAAGAACGCAGAGCGAUGGCGCUGAUCCGGGCGUCGUUGGGCCGAUCGUAUGGCAGAUGCACAAGAAGGAAAUGGAUGAGAUAGCAAGUCCAAUGCGUGAUCCAGUGGUAACGAGGAAUCGGUUUGAGGGACUGCUCGAGGGAGCCAUCCAGCUGUACACCGAUGGUCCCGAGCGGGAGGAAGAGCAAAAAAACUCGAUCCCACUGCCCGGUGUUAUACGACCGGUGGAAAAUCGUGGAAAAUCAGCUGUCGUUGUAAGAGAAACGUCCCGCUCUUCGUCAGCCACCAUACGCCCCGUAACGGCCGCACCGAUCCGUAAGCAAGCCGACGGUACACAUGGGUUGGGAAAUCCAUCCUCUCCGGCACCUGGUGGAACGCGUGGCGGUGCUUGGAGUAGUGGCACUCACUCACCAAUGGUACGACCGAUGAGUGCGGGGCCGUUUCACACCCCAUCGGGACCAGUCGGCGGUAUGGAGGUGACGCGUAUUACCGCACCACAAAGUGUUCUUCAAUCGACGGAACUGUCAACGGCUCCGUUGCUGCAAAAUAUCAUGCAAGAGCUGAAACGUUUCCGUAAUGAGCAAUAAGCGA